AUGGCUCAGCGAGCUGCCCUUCUUUCUGCCCUUUUGGCCGCCUCAGUGCGUGCGCAGCAAGCCUGCACUUCCACCACCGAGACCAAGCCGUCUCUCUCUUGGUCGCAGUGCACCUCGUCGGGCUGCACCAACACCAGUGGCUCCGUUGUCAUCGAUGCCAACUGGCGGUGGACCCACGAUGUCUCGGGCUACACCAACUGCUACACCGGCAACACCUGGGACGCCGACCUCUGCCCGGACGACGUGACCUGCGCGGCCAACUGCUGCGUGGACGGCGCCGACUACGAGUCCACGUACGGUGUGACCUCGGCGGACGAUGCCCUGACGCUCAACUUUGUCACCCAGAGCACCGACACCAACGUCGGCAGCCGUCUCUUCCUGAUGGCGUCGGACACCGAGUACCAGAUGUUCGACCUGCUGGGCAAGGAGUUCACCUUUGACGUGGACGUGUCCAACCUGCCGUGCGGCCUCAACGGCGCGCUGUACUUUGUGUCCAUGGACGCGGACGGCGGCAUGGCGCGCUACUCUGGCAACAAGGCCGGUGCUGCGUACGGCACGGGCUACUGCGACAGCCAGUGCCCGCGUGAUAUCAAGUUCAUCGGCGGCGAGGGCAACGUCGAGGGCUGGACGCCCUCCACCAACGACGCCAACUCGGGCGUCGGCGGCCACGGCUCGUGCUGUGCCGAGAUGGACAUCUGGGAGGCCAACCUCAUCUCGACGGCCGUGACCCCUCACCCUUGCGAGAACAGCACCCAGACCGUGUGCGACGGCGAUGACUGCGGUGGCACCUACUCCACCGACCGGUACGCCGGCACCUGCGACCCUGAUGGCUGUGACUUCAACCCGUACCGCCAGGGCGUGACCGACUUCUACGGCGCCGGUGCUGCUGGUGUCGACACCUCCAAGGUCUUCACCGUCGUCACCCAGUUCAUCGAGGAGAACGGCGCCCUGUCUGAGAUCAAGCGCUUCUACGUCCAGGACGGCGUCACCAUUGCCAACCCGGACUCCACCAUGGCUGGCACCUCGGGCAACUCCAUCACUGCCGACUACUGCACUGCCCAGAAGGAGGCCACCAACACCACCGACUACUUCACCCAGCGUGGAGGUCUCGAGGGCAUGGGAACUGCGCUGGCCAACGGCAUGGUUCUCGUCAUGAGCCUGUGGGAUGACCACUACGCCAACAUGCUCUGGCUUGACUCGACCUACCCCGCCGACUCGACCGAGGCUGGUGCCGCACGUGGAACCUGCGCCACCAGCAGCGGUGUCCCCUCCGACAUCGAGUCCAACAACGCCACCGCCAGCGUCAUCUACAGCAACAUCAAGUUUGGUGACAUCAACUCUACCUUCACUGCUUAA